AUGGAGGUGACCACCGUGUCCCGAUCUCCUGCCUCACCCGCUGAAGGAGAUGAUCUCUGUGAGACAGAUGUUGCCAGCGUGGCCAUACACACUGUGACCCUGCUCAUCUGCCUCUGUGGGCUGGCUGGGAAUGGGGCUGUCAUUGGCCUCCUCAGAAUGAAAAGCCGUAACUACGGCAUGUUUGAUGUGGCUGUUGCCGAUUUCCUCUUCCUCCUCUUUGCAGUCACCUCCACCCUCGUCUUCCUGGUGGAGGACGUGUCCUGCUCUCCUAUCUUGCCCCCGCUGUACCUGAAUUUCCUUUUCCAGCUCUCAGUGGUCUCCUGUUACUGGGGGCUGUACUGGCUGAUGCCCAGGAGCAAUGUGCUGUUAAUGGAUAAGCUCUGCAAGCUCUGCUGCCACUGGGAGCUUCCUCUGCACCUGUUGUGGGUGGUGGAAAGUGUCCAAUACUGGGCCUUCUUUGCUCUCUUCACUAUCAUUCCCACAGUGACAUUCCUGUGCCCAUCACAUGUGCAGGAGCACUGCCGGGCAGCUCUCAUCUCCAUGUACACCCUCGUCCUGCUACUCUUUCUAGCACCCGUGUUGAUUUCCAACACAAUUGAUUUGAUUAAUACCAAACGAGGCUCCCAGCAGCAGCAACCCAAGAGCCAUGACAUCGUUAUUGUCAUCACUGUGCUCUUCACUCUCAUCCUCAGCCUCUGCAAUUUCCUGCAGCAGAUCGGUUCCGUCACUCUGUCCUCAGAGGUUGUUUUCCUGCUCACCUGCAUCCACAACAGCAUCAAACCCUUCAUCUGCUUCUUGGUAGGGAGGUGCAGGAGGCCCUGCUCCAUGCAGUCUCUCCGGCUCUCCCUCCAGAGGGUCUUUGAGGAGCCAAAAGGAAAAACUGACCCCAGCGAUGAUACCACCAGAGACACAGUGCUCUGA